CAUAAUACAGUGCUAAGGAGUGAGGACCAUAAGCAGACAGAAGAGUGUAUACUCAUAACUCAAUGUCUAUAGUUCCAUUUUCCUUUGAGGCUUAUUUUAUAUCAUAGUUCAAAACAAGAUACAAUAUUUCUAAACCCAAAAAAUGAUCAAUGAUGGUAUCAAUCAUCUCUCAAUUGACAAGUCUUUCAGAAUAAAGCAAGAUGAUAAAUUCUUCUUAAGGCUAAAAUCAAAGGAAGCUUCUAGUGCCAACGCUUCAUCAAGGGUCAUGUAUUAUGGAGAAAGAUCAGUUGCAAUUCCCUUUGUAUGGGAGGCACAACCUGGUACUCCUAAGCACCCUUUAUCUGAAACCUCUAUUCCUCCACUUACACCCCCACCUUCAUAUUAUUCCAAAAAAUCCAAUACUAACAAAAAAAGAAAUUCAAAAAUCAAUAUUUUUUCAUGCAUUUUGUUAAGGUUGGUAGGUUCAAGGAAGACUACUCAUGCAUCAUCGACAUCGUCUGGGUCGUCAUCAUCGGCUUCAUCUUCUUCAUCGUCGUACUCAUAUUCCAGGAGAGACAACAAUCAAGGAAGCUUCUCUUCCUCGUGCUCAUCAACAGUUGUUGGUUCUUUUUUGAAACAUAAUGGUUCAAAUAGAGAUAGAGGGUGUUAUCCUAUUGGGAAAACAAAGAAGAAAGAAAUAGUAAGUUGUGGAGAAGGCUAAUUUAAGAUGGUAAUUCCUUCAUUAUAAAUUAGUUUUCUACUGAAGGUGUCUUUAUUAGCUUAAAGAUUAUUGAAUAAUCGUCUUCCUAUUAAGGAUAAUUUGGUAAAACAAGGGAUAACCAUUAUAAAUGAUUCUUCUUGCUUAAGAGGAAGUGGUACUAGGGAAAGUCUCAAUCAUCUUUUCUUGGAUUGCGUGUUCUACGGUCAAGUGUGAAGAUCAAUCAACAAUUUGUUAGACUUCUCUUCUGCUUUUGUUAAUGAUGUAUCAAGUCAUGCCAUUCAAUUGAGAGGAUUACAAGUUUUUCAUGUGUAAAUUAAAGAUUCUUUUCAUAUUAUUUGGUUGACUUGCAUUUGAUCUAUUUAAAAAGCUCGUAAUAAUGUUGUUUUUGCUAAGAAGGAAUUUAAUUUAUCUUUUAUUUUGGAUCAAGAUAAAAUUCUACCGUGGUGGUGGCUUAAAUUAAAUUGAAAGGAUUCAAUUGCAACUUA